AUGGCAGAAGCAGUACUCCUUGCUCUGACAAAGAUUGGUAGCGUUUUAGCAGAUGAAACUGCCAAGAAAAUGUUGUCCAAAUUAUCGGAAAAGGUUAAUAAUCUGAAGGAUCUGAAUGACAAGAUCGAGUUAAUAAGAAUGCAACUGACAGCCAUGAACAAUGUCAUACGUAAGAUUGGCACAGUAUACCUCACUGAUGAAGUCGUCAAGGGUUGGAUUGGGGAAGUGCGAAAGGUAGCCUAUCAUGUUGAGGAUGUAAUGGACAAGUACUCAUAUCACACACUUCAAAUGGAGGAAGAAUGGUUCCUGAAGAAGUACUUCGUUAAAGCGUCACAUUAUGUCUUGGUUUUUAGUCAAAUAGCAGAAGUGGUUAUCAAGAUUGAGAAGGAGAUCAAGAAAGUUAUAGAAAUCAAAGAUCUGUGGUUUCAGCCUUCAUAG